AUGACUUCAAAUACUCUUGGCGCUGGAAACACCAAAGCAGAUAUCUUGAUCCGGGCACGCAAGAUUUAUACUCUUCAGCCUGGAGUACCUGCACAACAAUCACUAGCCAUUGUCGGGCAGCACAUCUUUGCCAUUUCAGACCGCCAAAAUGACCUAGAUCAUUUAAUUGGGCCCGACACUCGUGUCAUUGAUGAGACAGACUCUGCCGUGCUUCCAGCUUUCGACGAUACUCACACACAUCUUAUGCUUGCUGCGCAGAUGCAUGUCGAUGUCCCAGUCCAUACUGCAAAGAAUCUUGAUCAACUAUUGGAUUUAAUUCGCCAGCGUGUCUCAAAGACCGAGCCCGGAGAAUGGAUUUUUACAACUACGAACUGGCAAGAAUUCAAUCUUCCGGAGAAGCGACUUCCAACAAUUCAAGAGCUCGACGAAAUAAGCACCGUGCAUCCAAUCGUUUUACGAAGAGGCGGUCAUAACAUGGUGGCGAAUUCUUGUGCAUUGGCAGCUGCCAACAUUACUAAGGAUACCGUCCCUCCUCCAGGCGGUAAAAUCGCAAAGGAUGCAAAUGGUGAGAUGACGGGGCUCAUCCAGGACUCCGCAACGGCCCUCAUCUAUAAAAUGCAGGCUCCGGUUGAUACUGAGACGCGGAUUCAUGGCUUGGACGUUGCCAGCACCUCCUACGCGUCAACCGGGAUUGGCUGCGUUCGGGAUUGCUGGGUCCCUAUUGAAGACGUAACAAUACUCAAAGCCGCAUACGAUGCUGGGAGGCUACAAACUCGGUUCAAGGGCCUGGUCUCUGCAAUAGGGCUGUCCAGCGUGGAAGAAAUCAGUAAGCUGCUCGAUCAGAUGGAGCAAUAUCGCCAUCUGCAGCAUCAAUCAUAUUUCUCCAUCUGGGGCCUCAAAUUUAUGCUAGACGGCGGAAUCGAAUCAAGCGCCAUGGAAGAGCCAUACAGGCAAGAGGAAGAUUGCGGCUGCGGCUCUCUAAACGAGUAUCGAGGGCGUUUGCUGUGGGAUGCAGAAACAAUGAUCGCUGCUGUAGAUCUGGUUGUUCGUCGAGGAUGGCGGGUUGGCACGCAUGCAUUUGGAGACCGAGCCGUACGCAUCAUACUGGACGUGUAUGAAGAGGUGGUAAAACGACAUCCCAACAUGCCACAGGGGACUCUAGUUAUAGAGCAUGGAGGACUCGCUUCGGCCGAACAGCGAGCGCGAGCCGCGGCCCUCAACAUUCCUGUCACUAUCCAAUUCCCGCUGCUUCAUGAUAUCGCCGGUAUUUCUGAGGUAUUCUACGGCCGAGACAGAGUGUCACGCUUCUUCCCAGCACGUCAAUGGUUGGACUCUGGCGUUCUGGCCACUGCUGGCUCGGAUUUUCCCGUUGGCAGCUAUGGCGCCAUGCACUCGUUGGAGGGCUUGACUACCCGCAAAACAGUCAUUGGAGUGCUACGGGAAGAGCAUGCUAUAACAUUACCAGAGGCUAUCAGUCUCCAUACGACAGAGGCGGCCAAGUUUCUGGGUGAAUCGCAUUUGAGAGGUAUGCUGACGCCAGGUCGAUUUGCCGACAUCACAAUUUGGCGUAGAGACCCAUUUGACAUGGAAUCGGUCUCGGCUGAGCAAGGUAUCCAUACGCUUUAUACUAUUAUUGGUGGCCAGGUAAAAUACUGCAGUUUGUGA